AUGAGGAAAUCACUGGCACAAUGCUUGCAUAAAUCAUCAUUUUUAAGUCAAAGAUAAACAAAUCCUGAUGUCACUUAAGAUAAGAAAUUAGGAGUGAGAUUUGCUACCUAAUAUUAAUUGAGUGUUCCUGAUAUUGUGACAAGCGAUCCAAAUUAAUUAGAAUUGAUAAGAAUAAAAGAAAAAUACAAAUGGAAAUGCGAAGAACUUGAUAGAACAAAGUAAGCAAUGGAAGAAGAACAUAAAUCAAUUGAAGAGAGGGCUAAUAAAUUAAAUAAAGGAGAAAAAGAAAUGAGACUUCUGACAACAUAAAUUAAGGAGAAGCUUAACAUUUUGGGAGAACAGGAACAUAAUUUUAAGGAGAAAGUACUCUUAUAAGAAGAGAAGAUGAAGGAGAGGGAAUAAUAGUUAUUGAAUAGCAAAAAAUAAUUAGAGGAAUAGUAAAACACAUUUGAAAUUGAAAAAAAUAAAUUGAAGAUUAGAGAGAAAUGUUUACAAGAGAAAGAAUUUAUAGUUGAUUUAAAAUUAAGAGAGGCUGAGCAAUAUGUUGAAAAGUUGAAACAUCAAUUACAAAGUGUGAAUUAAAAGGAAAAUUACUAUCAUUCAUAAAUAGAUAAAUUGAAUUCAGGACUACAGACUAUUAUUUAGCAUGAAUUAUCAAUAAAAAACAUUGAAUUUAAUUUGAGCAAAUAGGUCCAAUAAUUAAGAGAAGUAGAACAAAGUUUAAUUGAAUAAUUGCAGAAUUGUAAACAAUAAGAGGAAGUAUUUGAUUAAAGAGAUUUAAAUAUUUAAGUUAGUGAAUAAUUAAUCAAACGGAAAUUGGAAUGGGAUAAUAAGUAAAUUCAAUCCGCCAAGAUAUCUAAGAUAAACACCGAAAAUUCAAGAAUGGAGAUCUCCAAUUUUGCUCAUUCUGCUUUUUCGCAAAAAUACUGA